GUUCUCAUUCCUCGACCGGAUCGCGGAGUGUUAGGUAAUUUUUUAUUCGUCGCUGCUGGCGCGGGUGCUUCAGGAAGUGCUAAUCGAAGAGAAGAAAAAUCUUCCAGCUGAGAAGGCUGAAGAUCAGUGUUGGUGAACGUGAAAAUCAAUCCCAGUUUGAAAUUAGGAACGGAUCAGUGCGCAUCCCGUCAAGAUGGUCCACUACGCUCGUUUGCUGAACGUCCAGGCCAAGCGUGCCGGUUUGUACGCGGUUGAAUCGCAGCAGCGUUACUUCCAUGCAUCGUGCGCUGCCUCUGCCAAGGUUGCGCUGUCUCGUUUCGAUCAGGAUGUGUACCUGCCCUACGAGAAGCUCCAGAAGAACCUUGAGGUCGUCAAGAAGCGUCUGAACCGCCCGCUAACCCUUAGUGAAAAGAUUCUGUAUGGACAUCUGGAUGAUCCCGCUAACCAGGAUAUCCAACGUGGCACGUCUUACCUGCGACUGCGCCCGGAUCGUGUGGCCAUGCAGGAUGCCACCGCUCAGAUGGCCAUGUUGCAGUUCAUCUCAUCCGGAUUGCCCAAGGUUGCCGUCCCAUCCACCAUUCACUGCGAUCACUUGAUUGAAGCCCAGGUUGGUGGCGAGAAGGAUUUGGCGCGCGCCAAGGACCUGAAUGCUGAAGUGUACAAGUUCUUGUCCACUGCCGGAGCCAAGUAUGGUGUUGGUUUCUGGAAGCCAGGAUCGGGUAUCAUCCAUCAGAUCAUCCUCGAGAACUACGGCUUCCCCGGCCUGUUGAUGAUUGGCACUGAUUCGCACACUCCGAACGGAGGUGGCCUCGGCGGUUUGUGCAUUGGUGUUGGUGGUGCUGAUGCCGUCGAUGUCAUGGCCAACAUCCCCUGGGAACUGAAGUGCCCUAAUGUAAUCGGUGUCCACUUGACUGGAAAGAUCAGCGGCUGGACGUCUCCUAAGGACGUUAUUUUGAAGGUGGCAGAUAUUCUUACCGUCAAGGGUGGCACUGGAGCUAUUGUUGAGUACUAUGGCAAGGGCGUUGACUCGAUUUCUUGCACUGGAAUGGCCACCAUUUGCAACAUGGGUGCUGAAAUUGGUGCCACCACCUCGACCUUCCCCUUCAACCAGCGCAUGGCUGACUACCUUGCCUCAACUGGACGCUCUGCUAUUGCCGGAGAAGCUAAGAAAUUCCAACAAACUGUGCUGACUGCUGAUGCUGGCGCAAAAUACGACCAGGUGAUUGAAAUCAAUCUGGACACUCUGGAACCGCAUGUCAACGGACCAUUCACUCCGGAUCUUGCCCACCCCAUCAGCAAGCUUGGAAGCAAUUCUAAGAAGAAUGGUUACCCAUUGGACAUCCGCGUAGGCUUGAUUGGUUCGUGCACCAACUCCUCGUACGAAGACAUGGGCCGAUGCGCUUCGAUCGCCAAGAACGCCAUGAAACACGGUAUCAAAUCGAAGAUUCCUUUCAAUGUUACCCCCGGAUCGGAACAAAUUCGUGCCACCAUCGAGCGUGACGGAAUCGCCAAGACUUUCAAGGAGUUCGGUGGUACCGUUUUGGCCAACGCUUGCGGCCCCUGCAUCGGUCAGUGGGACCGUAAGGAUGUGAAGAAGGGUGAGAAGAACACCAUUGUAACUUCGUACAAUCGUAAUUUCACUGGACGUAACGACGCUAACCCCGCGACGCACUGCUUCGUUACAAGCCCUGAAUUGGUAACUGCUUUGUCGAUUGCUGGCCGAUUGGAUUUCAACCCGCUAACGGAUGAACUGACCGGUUCCGAUGGCAAGAAGUUCAAGCUGGAUGCUCCGUUUGGUGAUGAGCUGCCCCAGAAAGGAUUCGAUCCCGGCAUGGAUACCUACGAAGCCCCACCAUCGGAUGGAAGCAAAGUCAAAGUUGAUGUCGAUCCCAAGAGCCAGCGCUUGCAGCUCCUUGAACCCUUCGAUGUGUGGGAUGGCAAGGAUCUGUCUGAUAUGACCGUGCUGAUCAAGGUUAAGGGAAAGUGUACCACCGAUCACAUUUCCGCCGCUGGACCUUGGCUGAAGUACCGUGGCCAUUUGGACAACAUUUCCAACAACAUGUUCAUUGGUGCCACAAACAUCGAAAACAACGAGAUGAACAAAAUCAAAAACCAGGUGACCGGUGAAUGGGCCGGAGUCCCGGACGUUGCCCGCUUCUACAAAGCCAAGGGAAUCCGCUGGGUUGCCGUCGGUGACGAGAACUACGGUGAGGGUUCGUCUCGCGAGCACGCUGCUCUGGAACCUCGUCACCUGGGAGGUCGGGCUAUUAUUACCAAGUCUUUCGCACGUAUCCACGAAACCAACCUGAAGAAGCAGGGUCUGCUGCCUUUGACCUUCGCCAAUCCCGCUGAUUACGAUAAGGUUCAGCCCCACUCCAAGAUCUCGCUGCUCGGCCUGGAUAAGAUGGCUCCCGGCAAGCAGGUUGAUUGCGAAAUCAAAACCGACGGCAAAGUGGACAAGGUCAAGCUGAAUCACUCGUUCAAUGAGCAGCAAAUCUCCUGGUUCAAGGCUGGCAGUGCGCUGAACCGUAUGAAACAGUUGGCAAAGGGCAGGAAUUAAACCCCGUCUGCACUUUGCGCCGCAUGUCAACUACACAUCAACGACGAUGGCUGCAACGUAAUCCAAGGGAACUUGCAGCUGUAGUACCGAACGAAUUAACCUGCACUGCGGUGUGAUGUUAGCUUUGACUAAUAAUCUGAAAAGCUUAUGACACUCUUGGAACAAAACUAGCUUAAAGUCAGGUAUCAAUCGUACAGGAGAGUGUCCAAGUCGAAGCUUGAAUUACGACCAUAGAAUAGAAACACAAAGCAUCUACUUAAGGAAUGACUCUCCCAACUUAAUGCUAAAAAAGUCAAACCUCGUUAGGGCGUUAGUUAGAGUGAGGAUAUUUCUUUUUUUAUUUGUACAUAGAUUAUUCAACUAUAAACCAGUCCGUACCCCAUUUCUUAUCUUACUUUGCAGAGAUGUUUGGUCCAAAGCCAGAAGAAAGUUUAGAUGUCAUAAUAUAAUGUAAAACAAAUUAUUCAUCAUAUGAAGAAGGUAUGUUCACCAAAAGUAUAAACCAAAUUUUUGUCAUGUCUCCAACUUGCGUUUUAGGUGCUCCAAUUUAGGAAUUUGUUAGUCCUUUAUUAGUAUGAGACAAUAAAACCGAUAUUACUACAAACAUAA